AAAAAGAAAGAAAGAAAGAAAAAAGAAAAAACCUAGAGUAUCCAGCUACUAAGCAGCAACUUUUAGCCACCAUUUCCUUCUGGUCACUAAAAACAUUGGUCAUUUCCUGUUUUCUCUGUUUUCACAUGCUUCUAAUUCUCAGUGUCAAAAGGCUGCAACUCUUUUCUUUGGGCUUCUCUUUGAUAACAUUGAUUCAGAAACAAAGGAUGGGGGGCCUCCAUUUGGAAAACAAAGGAAGCAUGGCCUCGGGAAGAAUGCUGGAGAGAAUGUGCAUGGUUCUUUUCUGCCAAUGAUAACAAACCCUAAUAAUGGGAAAGUUGGAUAUGAAAGCAGGAAUAGUAAUCUGAGUGUCGAUGCUCUGUUUGGCUGCUGAAUAUACCUUCCAGAAGCAAUGUGGCCUGGUGAAAAAAGCACCUGACUAAGUGUCUGCUAAGUAGGUACUAGUUCCAGCUCUUUUGCUGAUUAGCUCUGUGACUACCUCAGUUUCCCCAUCUGUAAAAUGAAAGGUUUUGAGUAGAAGAUUCCCACCCUUAAACUCGAGCUUUCUGUGAUUUUUUUUUCUUCAUAUCUGCGUUAGAGAGUUUUUAUCUGAUUCCUUUCCUUCAGCUUUUUUUUAUCAACCAGAUGUUCACAUUAACACUCAGAUGUUGUGAAGUGAAUCAUGCUGGGAAGUGGUACUCGACAUCGGCUGUUCAAAAUUGAUGAAGAUGCCGAAAAUCCUGGCAAUCCGUGGUGUGGGGUGUGCAUGUAUUGUCAGGGUUACUGUGACUCGGGAAUCUCUCCACGGUUGGACUAAGCCAUUUGAUUCCUUUGAGCUACUCACACUUGGAUUUGCUUAUCUCUUCUGCUAGAAGCCUUCCAGGGUCACACUUAAGAGUAUUGAACUUGGAAUCAAUUCAAAUCCUACCUCGGAUACUUACUAGCUACUGGUGGUGGGACCCAGAACAAAUAACUUAACCUCUCUGAGCCUCAGUUUCUUCAUCUGAAAAGUGAGAGUAAUACUAGCACCUACCUCAAGAGUUCUUAGGAGGUUAAAUGCAUUUAAAACACUUGGGAAACCUUAAAGUAUUAGCUGAAUGUCAGCUCUUAGUUAUUAUUUGUAUUAUUGUUGUCAUGUCUGCCAUUGAGUAAAAUUCCUCCUUUCCUCUCCGUGUCCUUAGCUCAUUUUUCUUUCUGUCCUUCUUUAUAAAUUCCCCACCCCCGCCGUUUUCUCUUUGGUCAACUUUUCUAGACAGAGCUGUAACUGUGGCAAAGUGAUUAGGGCUUUAGUUUAAUCUAAGCCAUGUCUAGAGACCAGAUCAGGGAGGAGGGGCAGAGGUAACUUUGAGUCCCCUCAAAGUCCCACUCUCCCUUCUCCUUAAUGUUUGACUCUACCAGGUACCAGGGAAGAGGGCUUCAAACAGAACCUCUCGGGUUCCCUAUGGUCAGCUGAUCAACGCGCCUUUCUAUCCCCAUGCUCUAAAAGGUCCACUGGAGGCUGUAGUGGGACAUAAGACAGGAAGUGGGCUGAGGUUGGGACAGAAAGGAAAACCCACUGCUCAUUAAAAUGGUUUCUUUUGUAAUCUUCCCCAACCCAUUUUGUUCUUUCUACUUUCUUGGCAGGAUGGGAAUCCCGGCAUUGCUGCCAGACUUCAGGAAGCAGGCCCUCUCCAGAGUGCAGGCAGCUCCAUUCCAGCAGCCACUCCAGCCACAGUGAAUGGAUGCAUGAGAAACCAUUUGCUCAAGCAGCAGAUCCUACGCCGGCAGCAUAUCAUGCAGCAGGAAAAGCAGAGACCAAAUGUUAUGGCUGUGCCACCUGAGCAGCGGACUCCCUAUCUCUGCCAACAGAUGAGUCAGUUUUCAACCAUGCCACAGCAAAUGCCUUCUGACUGUGGCCAGUCCAUACCAACUCCUCCAACUAAUCCGCGCAGGAUGCCAUCCACAUCUGGGAUCCUUCAGAACACCAUGACCCCUGGAAUCAGUUCAACUACUGGCAACCAGAGCACAGGGGGCAUGGUCAUGAUCCCCCAGACCCCCGGGAAACAACAGGCCAUUUUCCCGUCUGGCUCCGAUUUUAACGUCUCCAUGCGACAGAAGCAAACUUCGGCUAGUCUGAGCUCUGUCAGCCAGACGGCUCACAGCAGCCAUUCAGCGGUCAAGCCCGGAAUGGCUCUGCCUGGCUUCGGCGCCGGCUCCUUAGCAAACCAAUCCGCGAGUCCUCACCAGUUACGGCAGCCCAACAUGGCCCGAAUUCCCGCCAUGUAUCCGAGUUCCUCUCCUCAGGCGUGGAUCUCUACGGUGGCCUCUAGAAUGCCCAAUCAGAGCCAAAUAGACACCAACAUGCAGCAGUUCACCAAUCCUCUUUUCUCCAAACCAAAUGUGAGAUCCAGUCUGACAGGUCAACAGUUCUCCCCUCAGUCGGUGAUCCCCCCCAAUCAGAUCGCGCCCGGGGUCAGGCAGAUUCCAAAAGUGAAUGUAGGCCAGCCUGCUCAAAGCCUCAACAUGCUCAACAGUCAGAGUCUGAGGCAGAGCCUGACCCGAGCCCCGUUGCCAGCCAUGAAUGUCAUGAAGCCCAUACCCCAAAGCGUUUCUACUUUCAACCCGAUCAGCCCAGCCCAAGGCAUAGAGCCCCCGAGCUAUCCGGUCACCAGCCAGGCAUCUGGGACCUUCAGCAGGAUGGGGGCUCCUCCAGCAGAGCUGCCGCCGUACGAUUUUGGCCCGCAGCAGAACGAUCCCAUUUUGCCAGACAGCUGCAGUGAGACAGACUUCAUCGAUUCUCUCAUGAAAAGCGGCAGCAACAAUGACGAAGAGUGGCUGAACAACCUGAGAAUGAUCGAUGACAUCUUAGGGCAGCACAAUCAAAGUUCCGGCCACGUUUAGUUCUAGGUGAGGUCUUCAGAUCUGACACCCUCCUUCCCCGGCUGGGGCUUGGGGGUGGGGGAACACCAAAUGGGAAAACACAAACCCACUACAGACACACACACACACCAAACAACCCCCAAGUACAGGCACAUACCCAAAGCUAGCUUUUGCCCAUUAAUAAAUUGGAGCCAGUUCUUUACCUGUGACAAAAUUGAAUUUUGGCCAUUUUUCAAGUGACUGUAUAUAUCCAAAUUUUGUAAAUGGUGUUUUCUUAAGCAUUCGAUAUAGAAGUAUUUAUACUUCUCUUCGUGACAGUUUGUAAAUAAAUCUCUGGCUUACGUAUUGUUUUAUUCUAGAAGUUUUGCUUGUUACACCUCGUUACAAAUAUGCAAAUCAUUUUGUUAGUUUCUGUAAUACUGUGUAUUACCGCUUGAAACACGCGUGUGUUUGACAUAACGUAAGACGAACUAGGGGUGGUGUUAGGCAAACUGAGCAAGUGCCAAAUGGAAGAUCGGGAGUACGAAUGCCUUGGGACUUCUCGCCUCCUUCCCGUUUCUCUUUGAUGCCUCUGAUGAGCAUGCUAAGUGUCUAGUAUGGAGGAGAGCUAAGCAGUAACCUCCUCCACCAUGAGAAAUGCUCACGAUCGAUAGGAAGGAAUAUUUUAAGCCCAGGAGGGGCCGCCCCGUGCAAGUGUCCUGGAGAAGCUUGCCUUGCUCUGAAUGAUGACCUUGGAGAGACUGCAAAGCAUCCUUACCAUUCUCAUUCAGACUGGAAGAGAGCCCGCCUCCGGUCUCGGCACCCCUAGUUGUGUAUAUCCGUAGUGUACAGGUGAUUUGUUCCUGGUUAUAAGGCCUUUCAAUAUGUGUUUGAAUGUAAGAAUUGGAAUUGAGGAGAAGAGUUUAUCGAUAUGAAGAGUUCAUUUGAGAUUUGUCUCUCUGAUGGUUUCUGUCUGCAGCUACAGUCAUGUAUAUUUAAGUGUAUGUUUAUAGAAGAGCCACUGUAUUGUAAAUGCCUUAAAAUGUUCAUGCUUUGUGGAAUCCUAUUUUAAUAGUCACAUCCUACUUCAGCCAUACAUUUGUAAUAUAGCAUCAGCUUUGAGCACAGGGUGGUUCUUCCUUCAUGCCAUAAUAAACUGCCAUGAGAGAACUGCA